AUGUCUGAAUGCCCUCCGAUUUUGAAAGAGGUCCCAGCCACAAAAUGGAAAGUGCUGGAAAGUGAUAUACACGCAACCUUACUGCAAUUUGACAAAGCGCAAGAGUGGGCUGACUUAGCAAUUUGUUUACAAAAGCUGACCAAAUCACUAAAUCGGCAACCAAAUGAAGGCUAUCAGCCUAUACCAUGUCUACUAGCGAUAUCGAAAGUACUUUUCAAAUGUUUAAAUCCUCAGUUGCCAAGCGGAAUUCACAGUAAAACAUUGAAGGUAUACGAGUGUAUUCUGGAUCGCGUUGGGCCGGCGGGUACGCUGGUUUGUCUGCAGCAUUUGCUGCCGCCAUUAGUGACCUUAUAUGGCUAUGCUUCAAAUUCGAAUCGGAUAGAGAUUUGCAACAUGUACCAAGAGUUCCUUGUACCCUGCUUAGAUAUUCUGGAACCGUUAAGCGUCAUGGUCAUGUCCGCGGUUAUAUUGGGAGCAGAGAAUGAGAAGUGCCCGGAAUUUGCGACAUUAUCGAGUUUCUUCCUGACCUGUGAAAAGGCAUGGGGGCGGUCAGUAACUUUUGAAGCCUAUUGGUCGAUCGUUGCCGAACAGGAGGAGUUCCGCAUCGCGACCUUGAAAGUCAUGGCUCGGAGGAUAGAGCAAUUAGACGGAGAUGGAUUACUGCCAGUGUUUGCCUGCCCGGCCGCAAUAGAGGAUGCUACCUACUUUUGUGCGGUGCCCUCCUCCCACGCUUCGGAGCGAGCUUAUGAAAAUUUCCUUAAGUGCUCACGGCAGCUGUUGGAUAUCCUGUUGACUGGCUUACCAUAUCUAGAUGAGAACGCGAUGACUGCCAUCAUUGGCAACAUUACUCCGCUAUUGGCUCUGGAAGAUCAGUCGGUAGUGUGCCGCUUGAAAAAGGUGUUGGCAGCCCAUGCGUCUACUGUGAUCGGCACUAUAAACAACAUAGUGCUAACCGGGUAUAUGGAGUCUCGGGUGUGUUCCGGACCACUUCCCCCAGGACCACUGGUCCCUAGGUCACAAACGAGUAAUGCUUUGUCGAACGCUCGUGGACCCUUACCUUCGAGAUCCAACGCAUCAGUAGCUCUGUACUCGGAUCUUACAGCAAAGUAUGGGCCAGUCAUCCAUGGUUGGUGCAACAAUAUGGGUUUCAAAUAUCCUUUAUUGUUUGGCGCAACUUGUCUAAGCAACGCCAAAAAAUUACUGGACGAAGAGUACAAGGAGCUUUCGGUUCAGACUGGACAACGAAACAAGACUAGCAAAGAGGGCCGAUUGGAGGAAGAGGGCCGGUUGGAGGAAGAGGGCCAAUUGGAGGAAGAGGGCCAAUUGGAGAAAGGGGACCGGGAAGAGGAAGAGGACCGGGUAGAGGAAGAGGAUCGACUGACAGACGAGGUCCCACUAGGGAAAGAAGAACAACUAGGCGAGGACGACCGACAAGAUGAAUCGAAAACUCGUAGUCUAGAGCUUGAUGUAUGGCCGCUGUAUGUUGCGUUGUCCCGUCCCAUGGAAGGGCGCCUGUGGGAGGACAUCCAGAGCAAACUGUCGCCCCCGACGGCGGUGCCCAUUUCCUUUUGGUAUAGUUCGUUGGAAGAGUCGAUGCUCAUCUGUGAUAACUAUGUGAAUAGGAACAUUCCAUUUCCGUUGGGGCUCACCACUCGACUGCUGGUCUUAACGGGUCUGACGGUGAAUAAUGUUGAGGAAAGAACAGAGCUGGCUGAGGCCUGGAACUCAGUGUACCGUCAUGUCGCCGCGGCCAAGAGUGAUAUCGGUGUGCAAAAUGAACUCAGUUCUAUCCGCUUGGUAGCAGAUAGUGUGCCAUACUCGGAGUGGCCUGAGGUCGGUGUGGAUGACCAUCCGCCGGACCAUAUUUUGAUGAAAGCCGAGAAGCUGGCGGCUUUAGGAUCUCGGUCGUUCUUCCAACAGCUGAUAGACUUGUACGGUUGCAGCACACUCUGGAUCAGCGCUGCCGGCUUUGUCUGUCUUGACUUGGCCUGUGAGGCAGGCACACAGAUGAAGCUGGUGCCGGCGGCAGACGGAGGCGAGCAGCCAACGGAGUCCGACGAGGUAGUCGCUGCAGGCGGCAGAGCGCUGCCGUCGCCGGACGUCGCCACCGCACAGACACGGGACGUGGCCGGAGAUCGGAAGAUACCAUCACCGGAGACCCCACACAGUCCUGCACUUUCCGCGGAGGAACUUCCUGGAUCCAAAAUCUCUGUGGAGUUACCGAGCUGCAAAAAAUCGCAUUGUUCGUGCGCUCUCAACCAUCUUAUGGGACCCAUCAUUAGAUGCUGGUCGAUGGGCAAAGAUUUGCCCUCCUCGUCCUUUGCAGAAUUGCACUUGCCGGAGAUUGUAGCUGCGUCUACCAAGUACAUUCUGAACAGCGAGAAACGUGGUCAGGAUCAGAAGCACGGGGGCGAGAGCUACGGCGUUGAGAUUUACGGCGAUGACCAGAACGUCGGCAACCAGAAAUUUGCCGGCAACCAGAGUUAUGCCGGCAACCAGAGUUAUGCCGGCGGCAACCACACGUUACUGCACAAUACCUUGUGGGCAUUUGGCGUCCACAAGCUGGAGGAGUAUCAGGCUGCGUAUGAGUCGGCGGAAAACAUCGACGUUUUAAAGAGUCCGGCGGGUUUCCGGAAGAGUCCAGCGUUGCGGAGCCCGAAAUCGGGGAGUGUAUCAUUGGCGGGAGUAGAGGCGAAGGCUGGGGUGGAGAGGCUGUUGAAGGCCUUAUGCAACUUUACAUUAAGUUUGGCAAGGACUCCGUUGGUGUUGAGCAAUACGCGCGCUUUGGUUCACAUGAUCCCAUACAUAGCUGAGAAUCAUGAGGGAGGUCCGGAUCGUAUUUGUCCUUUGAUAUGUGCGAUUCCGGAGCAUAUUGUGCAGGCGUUGUGGUCUUGUCCUGCGGUGAUAACUCGGAAGACCCCCCAGCGACCCGCUUGGACUUGUUUCCAUUUUGCGCUCAAUUCUUUCGUCUACGACCACAUGAAGAUUGCGUCGGAAGAGGGCGGAUCCGACCAAACGCUGGUGGAGGUGGUUCGGGCGAUCCAUCAUGUAGCCAUUGAGAGUGUGUGUGGCGAGUUGAGCGGUCUGUAUUUGGCUGCAAUGAGUGAGUGUGCUUUUCGAACAUGUCAGAAUGGUCGCUUCGAAAUGGCUUCGAUUAUCUUAAAUUGCAUGCUCCACCUCAUUGUCAAUUCCAGGUACAACGAGGCUCCCGUUUCUCUAUCCACGUGCUCUGUGGUCAAGACGCGGCCUUCACUACUUCGAGGUCUUAAAGACUUUCUGGCCACAUCGCCAUUCAAUACGUGUGAGCAAACCCGUGUCGAAGAAGCCUAUCGGCUUCUGCAACCCGUGUUCAAUGUUCUGUUCACAAUGGUGGACUGCCGGGAAUCCGUGGAAGAUGAAAGCGCCCUUCCCGGCAGUGUUCCCAAGUUAAUGCGAAGCAAUAGCGCGAUAGUUGUCGCACACAACAAGGAAAGAGUGGCGAUGAUCCCUGCCCUGAAGAUUCUAGCUUUGUUGGCAGAUCGAUCGCCCACUGUACGGCUACAGUUUGCCAGAUUCUUAGUGCGGACUUUGAACCAUUCAACCGCGGCAAGAAUCCAAAGGAAUUUUAUUCUUCAUCUGAAUUCUCUCGCUACCUCCCCUAUCCCCUACAUGGACCAGACCAUUGACAAGAGUCUUUACGAUAUGCUCCCUGUCGGAUUAAUUCAGGGAAAACAUGGCAUUCACGAUACCACCAAGCAUUCACAGGACAUGGAACAACUCUGCCUAUCCGCUGUCAACUCACCCUUCUUCGAAAGGACCACUGAUACCAAACUUAUCAAAUGCCGAGACCAAUUCCUCUGCAGCAUGGCCCGUCUUCACGAAGCAUCUACAUUCGUUACCAUCUGCAACGUCUGGGCGAGUAACUCCGUUCUGUCGGCUAAUCCCGGCGAAACAAAUAUUUUCAACGUCAUCCAAAAUGCCUACUCCCUGGAACGAACUUGGCAGCUGGCUGCAGAGACAAAUUUUACCAAUCGUUCUUGCACAAUUCUAGGCUUCCUUCAUUACUAUACUCUUUUCUGCUCCACGAGAGGCACUGCUGUGAAGGCCUGCUCGUUGUGGAAAUGCUUGGAGACAAUCGCCCUGAAGAUAGAUCUCACUGCCUACGAUAGCAUUGCGUGGUUAUCUGAACUAAUCUACGACCUGUCCAGGUCAUUUCCCUGUCAAACAUUUGCCGUCGACAAGAUUGUCAAAGUCGUCAUCGACUCCCAGCAGGUAAUAUCGCAGCCGACGAAAAAGCAGCAUUUCGAUUUCGUACCUCCGUACCCCCCUUCAAUGCUUGUGUAUGAAGCCAAGACGCUAACCAUUCUUGGCUUCAACCCCAAGUGGGUCUACGAGCCAUCAUCCGCCAAAGGAGAAAUGUCCUCGCGACAUGACAGCGGCGGCUUCGUUAGACCCAGACGACGAGCAUCUCUUCUUGGUGCAGGAUAUAUUCUCGGGAGGGUAGUUGACAUACAACCCGGUCCGGAUGGCAAGACCAGAAUAUCUUUCCCUUUUAAUCAUACUGAAUGCGCUGUACAAACGUGUGUGCACGCGUUUUGCUCACUGGUCGAAAAGAUGAUUGACAUGCCCAGAAAGAUCGAGGAUUCCGGAAAUGAAGCAGCGGGCUUCUCCCACAUCAUCCUGAGCAUAUUAUCCAGUCCGAGUCUGCCAUCAUUGUUCAUGGAUAGCAUACUGCAUUCGUCCAAAUCGCAAUGCCAAAUUGUGCUAUAUAGCAUUACAAGAUUAUGGCUCCUGCUGGGUCUUUUCUCCCUCGAUUAUACCUUCAGUAACAACGCGGUCUUUGCUACGAAGUACACGACGAGUUGUAAUACUUUUCUGGUUAAAGCUAUCAAAGGAAUCAAGGAAGCGCCCGGUAAUCGGCCUCGGCCCCACUGGAGGCUGCUGACUGCGUUGGUGAAUUUGCAGACCGUGUCCAAGCACCAUUCGGGGUACUUGAAGCACUACAGCCGCGUAUUUCCGAUAUAUAAGUCCGAAGUUAUCAAACCUUUCCAGGAUCCGCUAGUUCUUGCUUUCGAAAAAUUCCUUACGCAAACCUGGAUAAAUACGGUGGGGAAUGUAGUCGACAGUGAGCCUUUGGUAACAGCAUCUAUGUUCACCAGUCGCAGUACUGACCUGCGGAAUAAGAGUGACUAUCUUUGCAGGCUUGCUUUAUUGUCACUCAGUUUGCCCCCAGGGAUUUUGUUGCAUGAAGAGACGGUAUGGACUAACGUAAUCACCAACAUCAGACGAAGCGUGGACGACAACGACUUUGGGGCGCCUGCUCUACGUCUGAGGCAAGCAGUACUAUAUUUGUUGAGUGUGUUGACCUUCCAAUUUGGACAGCACCUUAGCCCUACCUCCAGCUUCUGGCCGUUGGUCGUGUGCGAGGUGUCACACGCUUGGUUGCCUUUGCUGUCACCCGGGAUGUACUCUGGUAACAACAAAAUGCCAUCGGACAGUGCAGUCCACCCCCUCAACAUUCUGUGGGUACGAGCGAUCAAAGUUAUUGAGGUUGCAGCUGUCCUCAGAUUGCCUCUCGCCACCCACUUCUUGAGUAGAGGGGGACCUCUGCAUGCAUACGUGGUAACCUACGAUACCUCUACUCAGCCACGACCGAGCGCGAAGCAAGACCCGCCUUUCCAUGACGAUCAGUUAGACAUUCAACUUAAAGAGAUUCCAUUUGAGGGAAUGCCACUGGAAGAGAUGCCGGAGAUGAAAGAUUCGAACGUAGGUACCAAGAGCAGCGCGGUAUCCAAUCACGGUGAGCCAGUUCAAGUGGUUUACUCUUCACCCAGCUCGAAUGACUGCAAAAACGCCAGAACAGACGUUCGAGCGGAGGGCUCAUUGGAUCUGAGGUCCCAUGAGAUGAGGUCCCAUGAGCCGAGGUCUCAUGAGGUGAGGUCUCACGACGCGAAGCGAAAGUCCAUCGAUAUGAACAGUGAGGAGGCUGUUCCCUGGACUACGCCUCUUUUCGUCCCCGCUGCGGAUGACUCGUUCGCUUCCAUGCGGACCGGACUAGUUCAGCACGUUCCUUUAACUGACCCCGUCACCAUUUCCAUGUCUGCAAUCGACGCGUGCCGGGUCGUGCUCGGUCGGCGCAGAUGCAACGGCUGUGCCGAGUGCGUUGAGAUCCUCCGGUGCUCGCUAGAGAGCGACCCACUUACCGGCAAGCCAGUGCUGUACGACCUCCAUCGGAACUAUUAG